GGAGAUUGCAAUCGAUGCAAAGCCAGCGAUCAGUGCACCACGAUCAAGUUGUCUUGCGGCAGAAAGAUUGUGCUGUGCAUGCCCUGCGCUGAGCUGUUUCUGGAGUGGAUGCAAGCGGAAACUCAAAGCCUGUCAGAAGUGAGCUUCAAGCAUUGUAACACAGUCUUCAUGUGCCCAUGGAUACAGGAAAGCAAGACGAAUGCCAGCGAUGUAGAUAGGAAGAGGCUGCCGAAGCUGAGGAGAGACUCGGAAGGGGACGAGAGGAGGUAUGGCUCUUCUGAGCCGUCCUCGACUGAGGCGGAGAACAAGAUCGGCGUCGCGCUGAGGAAAACCGCGCUGGAUGACGUCCAGAUACCUCACGCAAGGGAGCAACGUUCCGGGCUGCAGCCUGUCAAGAUCUCGAACCUGCAAGAGAAAAUUCCAACGCCAGCUCGACAACGAAGAGCCGCCAGCGUGGACCUGAGCACGCCGCCGCAGCUCUACAAGUUCCAAGAGAAUCUGCAGGGGAAGCUGCGCCCCUCGUCACAGAUAGACUUUCAUGAGAUCUGUAAGGACCUGGAGUGCAGAAACUCUCCCGAGCCCGGGAUGGCGAAAGAAGAGUGGAGCCAUCAUCGGGACGCGAGGAGCCGGAGGAGCCACCAACUUCAUUCAUCGCAGCCGCGGAGGCAUUCAGAGUACGGGCUCAUAGUCGAGAAGGGGAGGACGGAGGUCCUGAUGGGAAGGUCGUCCCCCAAGUCAGACAGCAAGGUGCGACGAUCGAAGAUUAUCAACGAGUCGUACUUGGAGGAUUUUCACAACAGAAGGGAAUCAGCAGCAAGGGCGGCAGCGCAGUCAUCUGAUACCACCUAUCGGUCGAAGCUGAUCUUCCAUACCAAGGCACAGAGUCGCCUGCGAGAAGCCUUGUUCCAGUCCAACUAAAAUGUUAAGUGAAGGAAUCAACUUG